AUGAAAACAAUUGAUCUUCUAUUAGCCACACGUUAUAAUAACAUUGGAUACAUUUAUUGUAAACUUGAAAAUACGGAACAAGCAUUACAUUAUAUUCAGAAGGCAUUAGAUUAUACAAGAUCAUUACCAUCCAAUAUUCCAUUAAUAUCACGAAUUUUUUGUAAUCUAACAGUGACUUAUGAACAAUCUGAAAAUUACUCAAAAUCAGAAUUCUAUUGGAAAAAAGGUCUCGAACAUCAUCUUCAAUCCAUGCCAAAUAAUACUGAUGCUACGGCUUCUCUCUUUCAAGCAGUUGCAAUAACUUUAGCCGAUCAUCAGAAAUAUGCUGAAUCUAUUGAAUAUCUUAAAAGAUCAUUGACAAUUUGCAAAAAUCAAGAACAGAUAUUAUUAUUUUCUUGUUAUAAACAUUUAGCAACUGCCUAUAAUGGUCUAAAAGAAUUUCAGACAGCUGAUAAAUAUUUGCAAAAAGCAAUCGAAAUAGCACAUACUCUAUCAUCUAUUGAUUUGAGCCCUAUCUAUGUCGAUAGUGGCAAUAAUCAUUACCAAGCUCAAAACUAUCAACAAGCACUUCUAUCAUAUGGUAAAGCGUUAGAAUUUUCUCAGCUUCAUAAUAAUCUUUCAACACAUUUGAAAAUAUUUAUUGUCUAUACGAUACAAAAUGAGUCGACUCAUGCAUUGAACUAUUAUGAACACAAUAUUCGAUCGCGAUUAGCAGAAAUGACUGUAAAUGAUCAAAUAAUGACAUAUUACUAUAUUGGAGUGAACUAUUAUGAUGUCAAGAAUAAUGAUAAAGCAUUAAAAUAUUUUAAAAAAGCACAAGAAUUAAUUCUAUCUGAUAAGUCAAAUACGUCAUUCAAUUCAUUUCUGGUAGACAUAUUCAAAAAAACUGGAAUUAUUCUUUUCAAAAUGGGUCAAUGGUCGGAAGUCGGUGCAUAUUAUACCAGAUUAUUAGAUUAUCAACCAACAGCAGAGACAUAUCUAAAUAUUGGAUUGGUUCAUUUCAAACAGGAAAAUUUUCACAUUGCAUUGGAAAGUCUCCAGAAAGCAUCUGAAUUAGCUAAGACUACUGGAGCUUUAUCAAUUCUAGCGGUAGCAACACAGUACAUUGAAUUAUGCCGAAAAACAUUAACUUGA